UUAUUCUCCCCCUAUAGGGCGACCACAUUGUAUGACAAGCCACCUGCUAUCUUCAAGGAGACUCCAGUGGAUCUACAGCACCAGCUGUUCAUGAGGCUGGCCAAGACUAACCCUCAGUUCCAGGUCUGUGGUGAGCCCCCUGGUGGUGAGACAGAGAGGACAGUGUUUACAGGUCGUGACCCAAGUGACCUUUCUGUGACCUUGACCUCUGGUCGACCUGCCCUACUGAUCAGCAGCACCAGCUGGACCGAGGAUGAGGACUUCUCCAUUCUGCUGAAGGCUCUGGAAGACUACGAGGGGUUUGUGAAAGCAGGAGCUUCUCUUCCCUCGCUGAUCUGCGUCAUCACAGGUAAGGGUCCUCAGAAGGACCACUACAGGAAGCUGAUAGACACUCUCAGCUUUGAGCAUGUGAAGAUCUGUACUCCAUGGCUGGAGGCGGAGGACUACCCUGUUCUGCUAGGCUCAGCAGAUCUGGGGGUGUGUCUCCAUAAGUCGUCCAGUGGUCUGGACCUGCCUAUGAAGGUGGUGGACAUGUUUGGCUGCUGUCUGCCUGUCUGUGCCAUCCACUUCCUCUGUCUACAUGAGCUGGUGAAGCAUGAGGAGAACGGCCUGAUCUUCAAAGACUCUCAGGAACUAGCUGAACAGCUCAAGUCUCUGCUGUGGGGCUUCCCUGGCUGUGAGGAGGAGGGCAGACUGGGUCAGUUCAGGAGGAACCUCCGGGCCAGUGGAGGGCAGCGGUGGGACCAGAACUGGGACCAGAACGUCCUGCCUCUCCUCACUGGACCCUGACCCCUGUUAGACAGACCUCGCUACAUCAUCUCUCUCUGUCUCUAACCCCCUUCUUGAG